AUGAAAUUGGAGUACUGCGGUGUCAAGGUCAAGGUCACUGCAGUGCAGCCCACACCAUUGCCAACGUCAGGCAACUUUUCGGAUCCCGAUGCUACGGCAACUGGUCACGAAAAUCGUGCGACCAGCGAUUUCGGAGGAUUUGGAGAGGUCCAUAUUACCGCAGUCUACGAGAAGCACACAAUCUCUCCAUGGACACUAAAAGAAGUUCAGCCCUUCCGCCAGCUAUUAGAAUUGUUGCUGAGUUGUGCUGAUCGCAGAUUCAAUCAUGCCUCGAAACGUAUGGAGGCUGGUAAGAAUCCUUGCGAGCAACGUCGACCAGCCCGCUCCCGCUAUAACGAUAGCUCCGGUCCGGAGGCAACCGAGCACCUUGAAGAGCUAAUCAAAGCCUGUCAUGCGGAAAAUAUGAGGAGGAGCAAAGUGACCGAAACGAAACCCGACACACUUGAUAAAGCUGGAGGUGUUUGCGAUACGUCUCGCCCAGCUGGAGAAGGACAUAAAAAAGAAAAUAAACACAGUGAACAGGAUGACAAUGAGUGGCAGAAAGAAGGAGGCAGGAUCGGUUUCACUAAAAGGGACGAACUAAAGGAAAAGAGGACAGUUGAAGGAAUCAAGACUGGAGUAAGAAAUGGGGAACCUGCAGCUGAGGUUAAAACGUGGAACAACCGGGAUAAAUUGUAA